CUUCCUCUCUCCAUCUUGGAAUCUCCAUAGAAAUUAGAAACCACCUUUUCAUCACUUCUUCCAUUAGAAUUUAUAACCCCCUCAUAUUUAUAUCCUCUUCACUCCUUCUUUUCCACUCAACAAAUUCUUCUCUCUCCAUUUCAAAUCUAGAACACUCCUUCCUUAAACUCUCCAACAAUAAAAAAACACAAGUACUAUGGAACAAACAUUUGAGUCCACCUUCAGUUUCUGGUCCUCAAACAUUCUAGAAACUCAAAAUUCCAAUAACAUGACACAAACACCUUUCUCUAAGCCUCCAAGAUCAUCCUCCAAUCUAAGCAACCGUAAACCCUCUUUGAUGAACAUCAAAAUCCCUUCCAUUACCAAACCUAUCCCACAACAAAACAUUCAAGAGGAUAAUAAGCACUAUAGAGGUGUUAGAAGAAGACCAUGGGGGAAAUUUGCUGCUGAAAUCCGUGACCCUAAUAGAAAAGGGUCAAGAGUGUGGCUUGGAACGUUUGACACAGCCAUAGAAGCUGCAAGAGCUUAUGAUAAAGCUGCUUUUCAGAUGAGAGGAAGUAAGGCCAUAUUGAACUUUCCUCUAGAUGUUGCAAUUGCAACUGAUGAAUCUGCACAAGAAUCACUUUCUAGCUCAAAAUACAUGAAAGUUGGUGAGAAAAGAGAAAGAGAUGAAGGAAAUUAUGUUAAAAUUGAGAUGAAUAAUAGUAAUAAGCAAGUGAAGAAAGAAGAAGUGGUUUCAGUUUCAGUUUCAGGUACAGGAGGAACAGUUUGUCCUUUGACUCCUUCAUGUUGGAAAGGGUUUUGGGAUACUGAUGUUAAGGGAACUAUCUUCAGUGUACCUCCUUUGUCACCCUUAUCUCCACAACUUAUGGGAUGUUGAGAUUAAUUUCUUAUGGCCCUUUCAAUCAUUUUGGGGUGGUAAAGUGUUGAAUCUUGCUCAAAGUAAAGGAACAUAUAUGGAGAGUCUUUUGGUGAUGCUGGGGGUGCUAAUAGUAUAUUUUUGAAGGUGAAGAUUAGAGAUAUAUUGGUUGGUUUUAUAGUGUGAAUAUAUAUAGGAAGUGUGAAGAAGCUAGUGAUUAAUUCUUUAAUUAUGUUGUAUAUGGUCAUUUGGUCCAUGAAUAUUGAAAUUUGUUCAUUCGUUUAUUGAGAAUUGUAAAACA